AACUAUGAAAAUCAGAAAAAUGCCACUGUUUCACAUCUGGAAAGUUGCUAACCCCCAGAAAAUGGUUUUGAAAGCUCUGCUUCUCUUCCUCCUCUUUCAGGUCUGCACUUCCAGGGAUACCAUAAAAGGGAAUGAAGAACAAUUGAAGGAUGUUGAUGGAGACUAUUUAGUGUCCAAAGAAAGCAAGUUUGACUUGGGUUUCUUCAGCCCCGGAAAUUCUAGCUACCGGUAUGUUGGAAUCUGGUAUUCUCAGACUAGAGUAUCUAAUAAAACAGUGGUGUGGGUGGCAAACAGGAACAAUCCUAUCAAUGAUACCUCUGGUGUGCUCACAAUAAACAGAUACUUUAAUUCCAGGUAUGAAAGUUGGGGUGAAUUGGAAAACUGGGCUAGAAUGGGUUUUAACAUCUUGGAAGUCACAAGAUGACCCUGGAACUGGGGACUAUACCUAUAGGCUAAGUUCAGAUCAUAAUGCAUUUCCCCAAUUUUUUAUGUAUAAAGGUUUGAGUAAGUAUUGGCGAAGUGAUCCAGGCCCAGCGCCUACUUUGGUCACUAAUCAAGAUGAAACUUAUUAUUUCAUUAAUGAAACCAAUGCAAUUACAAGAAUAACAGUGACUGAUCCUGCCUUAGAGCGGCUUACGUGGGAUAAUGGUGGCCUUCAAUGGAAGGAAGAAUUCUCUGCACCGAAGUCCCGGUGUGACAGGUAUGGACAGUGUGGUGCCAACAGCAGAUGUAGCCCUGACAAUGUUAAUCUGUUUGAGUGUGACUGUUUGCCAGGGUAUGUGCCUAAUUCUAUAAGUGAUUGGAAUCAGAAAAAUGGUUCAGGUGGAUGUGUGAGUAAUCGACUUGGUUUGUUGAAUUGUGGAGAUGGAGACGGGUUUAUAAAGGUGGCAAGAGUUAAAUAUCCAGACACAUCAACAGCAGCAUCGUUAAAAUCAGGUAUGAGCGACAAAGAGUGUGAGCAGGAGUGCCUAAGAAAUUGUUCUUGCACUGCAUAUUUGAGCACUGAAAAUGAAGGGAUUGUUGAUUGCUUGACAUGGUAUGAUGACUUGAUGGACAUUUUAGUGUACACAAAGCUUGGACAAGAUCUCUUCGUUCGUGUGAAUGCUACCGUGUUAGCGGCAAAUGCCGGAAGAUCACAAGGUUUCUUGGAAAGGAGGGGUAUGCUGGCUAUUCCAAUACUGUCUUCUGUGCUUGCAUUGGUACUAAUCAUAAUACUUGCAUGGAAGUGGCGUAAGAAGAACAGGAACACAAGAGGCAUAGACUUUGUGGAGGCAGAGGAGCUAGAGGAAACUCAGAGACACCCUGAAUUGCAAUUUUUCGAUCUUGACACAAUAAUAGCAGCCACAGACCACUUCUCUCGUGUCAAUGAACUUGGCCACGGUGGCUUUGGCUCUGUUUAUAAGGGUCAGCUAGCAAAUGAACAGAAGGUUGCUGUGAAAAGAUUGUCCAAAACUUCAGGACAAGGGAUCGAAGAAUUUAAGAAUGAAGUUGCACUUAUAGCAAGACUUCAACACAGGAACCUUGUGAAACUUUUAGGCUGUUGUAUAAAGGGAGAAGAAAGGAUGUUAGUGCUAGAAUACAUGCCUAACAAAAGCUUGGACUCCUUUCUUUUUGAUAAGACAAGACGGUCCUUCUUGGAUUGGGAAAAGCGUUUUGAAAUUAUCAACGGGAUUGCGCGUGGGAUACUAUAUCUUCACCAAGACUCAAGAUUGAGGAUUAUCCAUAGAGAUCUAAAAACUAGUAAUGUUCUACUAGAUGAUGAGAUGAACCCAAAAAUUUCUGAUUUUGGCAUGGCUAGAAUAUUCCAUGGGGACCAACUGCAAGAUAAGACGAGCCGAAUUGUCGGAACAUAUGGCUACAUGUCACCGGAGUACGCAGUCUUUGGGAGAUUUUCCACAAAAUCUGAUGUCUUUAGUUUUGGGAUCAUAAUGUUGGAGAUUGUAAGUGGCCAGAAAAACAGUGGCUCUGAUCUGGAGGAUCCUUCUGUGAACUUAAUAGGACGUGUUUGGGAGCUCUGGAGAGAAGGCAGAGCCUUGGAUAUUGUGGAUUCAACACUGAAGUCAUGUCAGCCUAAUGAAGUCCUUAGAUGCAUACAAGUUGCGCUCUUGUGUGUACAAGAAGAUUCAAAGGACCGACCUGCCAUGUCAGCCAUUGUUUUCAUGUUGAGUGGUGAAGCAUCUCCUUCACUGCCUAAGCAGCCGGCAUUUGUUUACAGAAGAAAUUUCGGCACUGAUGUUGAUCCAUUACUUUCAAAUAGAUCUUCUUCUAUAAAUGACUUGACAGUAACUACAAUGGAAGCUCGACAAUGAUGCAAACUUACAAUUUUAACAUGU